AUGAGCACGUUACAGUAUUCUUCUUCUCAGUCUUCACCUACAAUUUCCACACCACCUCAAUCACAACUCUACUCUCCUUCGCAAAUAAUGUCUUCUUUACAACCACCGACCUCACAACCAGUAAAGAUGAGCAGUAAUACUUUUGUUCAUAAGCUUUACAAUAUGGUUGUCGACAAGCAAUAUCAACACCUUAUCGCCUGGAAUUAUACUGGUUCAUCCUUCAUAGUAUGUAAUAUUAUGGAAUUUUCUCGUGACGUUCUGCCAAAACAUUUUAAGCAUAAUAACUUUUCAAGUUUCGUACGUCAACUAAACAUGUAUGGAUUUCAUAAAGUAAAUAAAUCACCUCGUGGUCAUCGUACAUUGGCGGAAAAUCAAAUAUGGGAAUUUUCUCAUCCAAAAUUUCUACGUGGACGAUCAGAUUUAUUAGAUGAUAUUAAACGUAAAGCUAUGGAAUCAGAGACUUUAAGAAGAGAAACAGGAGAUUUACACGCACACAUUGCCAUGUUGCAAGUCGCACAAAACGAUUUAGUUCAACAAAUUAGACAAUUACAUGAAAACUUUGCAGAAGUAGUGAGAGAUUUGGCAGAAACAAAGAAAAAACAAACGGAUCAACAAGAUAUGAUGAAGAAUAUGUUUGCACAUCUGUCAAAUCAAGGUCCUCCAUCACGUAGUCCACAUGGGCAAAGCCCAAAUCGUAUUAUGAACAUUCAACUUCCUACAAGUCCUUAUAUAGGAGGCACAAUAAUGGCAAAUCAAGUAGGACCUUUAUCCCCUAAUUCUUUUAGUUCAUUUAAUGCAGCUAUAAAUACUCCCUUACCACCAAGUCCAUCACCCGGAUCACCUAUGGCACAUCUUUCUGAUGAUGAAAUGGAUGGUUCAUUUUAUUGUGCAAGUCCAGGAAGUAAUGGAGGAUCGGAUGAUAUUAUUUUUAAUCCAAAUCAAAUGUAG